GCGAUGACCAGGUAUUGGUCAGAAGUAACGCGGCACCUCAACUUUUUUCGUAUACACCUGCUUUUCUUCAUUUUCUCUCCUCUGAUAUUCUCCGCCAUAUUUUAUGCUGCCAAUGGCCAAUUUCAUAUCUCUUACAUCGAUGCACUUUUCAAUUGCGUUAGCGCCUCUGUCGUAUGCGGGCUUGCCACUGUCGAUUUGAGCUCCCUUACCGGCUUUCAGCAGGCUCUGCUGUUCAUACAAUCAGCUCUGGGAACGCCUGUCCUAGUGUCAUGGGUGAUGGUCUACGUUCGUAGGCAAUAUUUCGCCAAAAAAUUCCAAGACCUUAUACAGGCAGAGAUCGAAAAGGGAAAGGCGGCUGUAGAACAUGGACAUACUGAGGGAAGACCAUCCGUAAGCCAGAGGUUUUCACGGGUGUUCACUGUGCGAAGUGGACAGCUGACUACGAGGGAAAGAAGCGAUAAGACGAGUGCAGGUGAAAAAGAAGGGAAGAAGAAGCGACUUGGGCUGUUCACGAAGAAGACCCUUAGGAAGCUUCGACCGGACAUGAUCAGCCGAAUGGACGAUGCGCCGAAGCGUGUCGACCCCAGUGGCUGGAUCUCAGAGGAACCUGGACCUGAAGGACACGUACAUGUCCCUCGGCCUCGAGCAGCGACAGUAUCUGUAGGAGAAGUCCAAGAAAAGACGUCCAAAGAAACCACUCCCUCGGAAAAAGAGGCAGAAUACACACCGUCUCCUUUGCGAAACGAAGUUACUUCGAAUCCCGAAGGGGUCAAUGGUACUUCGAAUGGACCGGGAGCUCCUAUCUUAGGUCGUACCCCUACCAUUCAAGCCGCUAAUCCGAGGAGCGGCGUACCUCUUGGUCAUUCAUUAACUGUAGAGUUCCGAACGCCUGAUCGCGAACGUGACCUUCGUGGAAGGAGGAUGUCACGGGAGCGGCGUCCAUCCAUGGUUGAGACUAUUUCAAGACAGAGCCCGACGGCUUCUAGAAGACAUAGUUCGAUGUACGAUGUUGUUCACGAUGAUCGAUAUCUUCCUCACGGAGGCGUUCCGCUCGCUCGACGACAAACUACGCAGCACACUCAACGAUCAAAUAGGAGUAAUUUUUCCUUUCGUGAUGACAGUAAACACAAAGGCUAUGGUGGAUUUCCUUACCCGACAGACUUGGCGUUGCGGUUUCUUAGAAAAGUGGCUCCUGGUGUCGAGAACAAACUCGUGCGUACCGUGACUAUACCAAACACGCGGACGAUGUCGACGUACCCGAGUACGGCCAAAAGUACUAAAACGGCACCUUACUUCUCCUUCAAUGCUAUCAUUGGAAGGAAUUCCAAGUUCCACCUUCUUACAGAAGAACAGCUUGAGGAACUCGGUGGUGUAGAAUACCGCGCUUUGACUGCCCUUUUGUGGAUAGUUGCCGGAUAUUAUUUUGUGCUGCAGCUUGCUGGUUUCACCAUCAUCGCACCCUACAUGUCCAUCCCGAGAUGGAAGAAUGACUUUGUGCCUCCCGCACUCCAUCGACCAUUAAACACCGUCUGGUUCUCUGCGUUUCAGGUCGUUUCAGCCUUCACGAACACGGGAAUGUCUUUGGUCGAUCAAUCGAUGAUUCCGUUUCAAGAAGCCUAUCCGAUGAUUUUCGUGCUUGCGUUCCUCAUUCUUUGGGGAAAUACUGCAUUUCCCGUUUUCCUUCGCUUUGUCAUUUGGUGUAUAUACAAGUGCUCACCAUCCAGUUCACGGUUGAACGAAACUCUUCAUUUCCUUCUCGACCAUCCUAGAAGGUGUUUCAUCUAUCUUUUCCCCUCUCACCAGACAUGGUUUCUCUUGACUGUAGUAGUCUUGCUCAGUUCAACGGACUGGUUUUUCUUCUUGGUUCUGGAUAUUGGCAACGCUACUAUGGAGGCCAUUCCAAUAGGCGUACGGUUCGCGAUAGGAUUUCUCCAGGCGUCAGCUGUCCGAGCGGCUGGGUUUGCGACAGUCUCGAUUUCGAGUCUGGCACCCGCCGUUCAAGCACUCUACGUAGUGAUGAUGUACGUCAGCAUCUAUCCUGUUGCGCUGAGUAUUAGGGCGACGAACGUAUAUGAAGAGAAGUCUCUUGGCGUCUACGAGGAGGAGGACGAGGAGGACGUGGAAUCACAGCUUGAAGGACCCAGGACGGCUGUGUGGGGUCAAUACCUUGCGCGACACGCUCGGAGGCAGCUUGCGUUCGAUAUGUGGUGGCUCGCUUUGGCUGUUUUCCUCCUGUGUAUCAUCGAGCGUAGUAAAAUUCAGGAUUCAGAGAAUUUUCAAUGGUUUACUAUAUUCACUAUCAUCUUUGAACUCAUGUCCGCAUAUGGUGGUGUUGGCCUGAGUCUCGGGCUUCCCUAUGCCAACUAUUCCUUCUCCGGUGCCUUCACACCAUUAUCGAAGUUAAUUGUUUGCGCCGUCAUGAUCCGCGGUCGACAUCGCGGACUGCCGAAUGCUAUUGAUCGUGCUGUCAUGUUGCCCUUCGAGUUUAAGAAAGCCACUGGGUUAACAGAAGAUGAUGAAGAUGAUGACGGUAUGGAAACGAAUGGAACGGCUAUUGAAAAUGAGUACGACAAGGAGGCGAACAGGCCUGAAAGGAUCCUUGAGGAAAGUCCUGAAGAUACUGAGGAUGCCAACCUCGAUCGACGAUUUACGGAUUCUCCGGAACACGACACGCAGACGCCUCGGGCUAGCGAUGAUUCUCAAUCUACACCACGAUGAGAUAAUACACGACCCUUCCUUCUUGUCUCCAUUUUUUCCCCUUCUUUCAUUAUUGGGUUUCGCACUUCGUGAUCACAUAUCUUAUAUCUACCUAUUAUUACACCCGCUUGAACAUUACCUUGGUAGAUAUGUCAUCCGCACAUCCUACGCACCCUACAUGAUACCACACCUAUUCUCCCACACAUCCCUGGGCUUGGCGUUGCACAUACCAGAUAGAGACGGUGAUUUGCUUGGUUCAUACAUACAUAUCCACUUCG